GCUGCGGCCGCCGCCGCCGCGGCCGCUGUGUCCCGCCGGAGGAAGGCCGAGUAUCCCCGCCGGCGGAGGAGCAGCCCGAGCGCCAGGCCUCCCGACGUCUCAGGGCAGCAGUCCCAGGCCGGGAAGCCCCCGUCUCCAGUUCAGGGAAAGAAGAGUCAGCGACUCCUAUGCCUAGAAAAAGUAACAACUGAUAAAGAUCCCAAGGAAGAGAUAGAGGAAGAAGACGAUUCUGCCCUCCCUCAGGAAGUUUCCAUUGCUGCAACUAGGCCUAGCCGAGGCUGGCGCAGUAGUAACAGGACAUCUGUUUCUCGCCAUCGUGACACAGAGAAUACCCGAAGCUCUCGGUCCAAGACUGGUUCGUUGCAGCUCAUCUGCAAGUCAGAACCAAACACAGAUCAGCUUGAUUAUGAUGUUGCAGAAGAGCAUCAGUCUCCAGGUGGCAUUAGUAGUGAUGAGGAAGAGGAGGAAGAAGAGGAAAUGUUAAUCAGUGAAGAGGAAAUACCAUUCAAAGAUGACCCAAGAGAUGAGACCUAUAAACCCCACUUAGAAAGGGAAACCCCAAAGCCACGGAGAAAAUCAGGAAAGGUAAAAGAAGAGAAAGAGAAGAAGGAAAUUAAAGUGGAAGUGGAGGUGAAAGAAGAAGAGAAUGAAAUUAGGGAGGAUGAGGAACCUCCUAGGAAGAGAGGAAGAAGGCGAAAAGAUGACAAAAGUCCACGUUUACCCAAAAGGAGAAAAAAACCUCCGAUCCAGUAUGUUCGUUGUGAGAUGGAGGGAUGUGGAACUGUUCUUGCUCACCCUCGCUAUUUGCAGCACCACAUUAAAUACCAGCAUUUGCUGAAGAAGAAAUAUGUAUGUCCCCAUCCCUCCUGUGGACGACUCUUCAGGCUCCAGAAGCAACUUUUGCGACAUGCCAAACAUCAUACAGAUCAAAGGGAUUAUAUCUGUGAAUAUUGUGCUCGGGCCUUCAAGAGUUCUCACAAUCUGGCAGUGCACCGGAUGAUUCACACUGGCGAGAAGCCAUUACAAUGUGAGAUCUGUGGAUUUACUUGUCGACAAAAGGCAUCUCUUAAUUGGCACAUGAAGAAGCAUGAUGCAGACUCCUUCUAUCAGUUUUCUUGCAAUAUCUGUGGCAAAAAAUUUGAGAAGAAGGACAGCGUAGUGGCACACAAAGCAAAAAGCCACCCUGAGGUGCUGAUUGCAGAAGCUCUGGCUGCCAAUGCAGGCGCCCUCAUCACCAGCACGGAUAUCUUGGGCACUAACCCAGAGUCCCUGACACAACCUGCAGAUGGUCAGGGUCUUCCUCUUCUUCCUGAGCCUUUAGGAAACUCAACCUCUGGAGAGUGCCUACUGCUAGAAGCUGAAGGGAUGUCAAAGUCAUAUUGCAGUGGGACAGAACGGGUGAGCCUGAUGGCUGAUGGAAAGAUCUUUGUGGGAAGCGGCAGCAGUGGGGGCACUGAAGGGCUGGUCAUGAACUCAGAUAUACUCGGUGCUACCACAGAGGUUCUGAUUGAAGAUUCAGACUCUACUGGACCUUAGUCAAGGGAAGACUUUGGGCACUGGGACAGCUCAGACUUUGUAUUUAAAUGAUAAAAAGGACAAAAAAAAAUUUAAAGCAUUUAAAAUCUAGUAAAAUAACUGAAGGGCCUGCUCUUUCCAUUGUGAAUCACAGCACACACACACAUAUACCCCAUUCCCAUCCCCUGUUCUCCCUCUGUUGUCCCCCUUAUAAAAUUGAUGUUGUCUUUACCAGAAAGGUAGACAAAAAAGAAGCAGGAGCAGCUCUUAAAUGAGUGUCAUCCUCAUACCAGUUCCAGCCAGUGUCAGACUUCUGCUCAUCGGCACAUCCCCUUUUCAACCUGUAACUGAUGUGCUCUGGAUCAGCUUUUCACUCUCAAUAGUAUAUACUGUCUUCUAAAUCCCUUCUCUUAAUCUACUGCUGCCCAUGGUUCUGGCUUCUAUCCACUAUGGCACAUUUAUCCUCAAAUAUUAUAAAAUUCUAAAUCUCUGGAGGCUGGCAGCUUGACUUGGCACUUUAGGGCCCCUUAGCAGGGUGAGCUGUUAAAACAGCACAUAUCUCUCACCCCCUCUUCCUCCAUUCCCCACUGGGUUUUGGAAAGGAAGGAUACAUGGUGACCACCUCCCUCUUCUUUGAUUCCAGCACCUCAGUCCCCCUCCCAAAACCUCUAUAUGGCUCUCAGUGGUGCUCACUUGGCUUGGAAGCAGGCUCCCAAGAGGGAGGGGGUUGCCUUCUACACAGUCUCUUUGACUGCAAGACAGGGCUCUGUAUCAGUGAGACAGAAAAGUCCAAGGCUAAUGGCAGAAAUUUGCACUUUGAACAUGUGUGUUUUUGUGUUGUGGAACCUGAGAUUCCUUAUUUAUUAACGGAAAGUCUGAUUUCUUUUUCCUUUUUUUUGUUGGGGGUGGGUGGGUUUUGUUGCUGUAUUUUGUGGGCCUGGGAGAGAUUAGAUUAUUCUGAAAGGGGAUCCUUUCCAUGAGAGGUACUUUGAAGGCAAGACAUAGGGUUGAAGAAGCACAGCCAGCCUCUAAAAUCAUAGCUCUCCAGUGGCCUUUAAAGAAAGCUGGUCCUCAGCACUAACAAAAUCACUACAAUAUCCUAGUGUGUUUUUUGUUUUUUGUUUUUUUUUUUUUUUUGGAAGCCUUUCUAGGGAAAGAUGCUAGGUCUCUGGUAAUUAGUUAUGCUCUUUGAGAUUUUUAGAACAUUGAGAUUUAGGAUUUUGAGGGGAUGAGGAGGGUUGUGCAGGGUCUGAAUUACAGAUGAAAGAUUUUCUCUUGCGAAUUUAUUUUCUUUUUUUGUCUCCACCGUUUCAUUUCAUAUCUUCCAAUUGGCCCAAUUCUGGCCCCUUGCUUUGUUUUUUGCUUUGCUUUAUCAUUGGUUCAUUCCAGUUCUCUGUUAGUGAAGGAUACUGCCAUUAGCGAAGGAAUAAAGUCUGUAAGUCCUAAAGUUUAAAGUCAAAGAAAACUGCUUUGUUUUUUUUUCCCUUUCAGUAACACUUCAGAAGAGGAAACCUUCAAUCGACAGAGUCAAUAAUCUAUUUAAUAAUGGCUUUGACUUUCACCCAGAAUUCUGGGAAUUAUUACUUCCCUUGGGAUAGGGAUUUUCAUGGGGUGUGGAUUACUGUUCAUGGGAGAGAGACAGUGCUUUUGUACAAGUUCAUACCUCACAGAAAACUAAAAAUCUAUUUUGGCUCAUUUUUAGAGAACUAAAAGGGCAAUUCCUAUCCUUCUGUGUACCUCAGAAGCUGGAAUUGAAGGCUUGCCUAUUCAUUGUUCAUUGUCAGAAAUGUAUGAUGGCUGUUGGAAAGAAUGAAGUUUUGCUGAGAACAAAAUAAGGAACAAUUUGUUUUUCACAAACACUAAAACUACAAAGUUUAUCAAUUUUCUCUUUGAUUUAUUUUUUUCCCAAAAAAGAAGGGUAACAAAAUGUCAUCUCUGAAAGAGGCUUAUUUUACACCCACUAUUGCCAGUGGUUUGGGAUGCCAGGGAAUAGGGAGUGAGACACCUACAGCGAACAGUCUUAAAUGCACUAUUGUUUCUUUUCAGAGUGUUGCAGAUUUGCCAUCCCUCCAGUGUGGGGUAGAAAAUAGAAUAAGGAUAGAAGGGUGUAGAAUAUGCUUUCCUGCCCACAGUAAGGGUUUAGAGUUGACUUUGGUAUUUUGAGUAGAUUUGAAAUAUAUGGUUUAUUGGAUGGGUCCUCCGCAAAGUUGUUUCACCCCAAAUAAUUUCAUUUUGUACUGUUUUACUAGCUAGCAUCCGUAUCUAACACUUAGCUUUUGUCUCUGUCACCCUUUGUCUCCAUAAACUUCAUUUGCGGUGAUUAGUCAUCAGAUAUUUUAGCCGCCUACACAAAAGCAAACAGCUUUUAAAGAAACCUCUUUCUGAUAGGGGGAAAAGUACGUUCUUCCCUAUACCAUACUCCUCUCCCCACAAAAAGUUAGUUCUAAUAAUUAGGAACUUCUCAUUUCUCCUUUUCUUUUUAGUACUCUUCAUAGCUACUGUUGCCUACAAUAAACUAUUGUAGCAGAUUGCAAUACAUUUUAAAGUAUUUUUCAUGGACUUUACAUUUUUCCUUUUGAAAAAGGGGUGCUAACCUAGUAAAGAGUUGGUAAAAGUAAACUUUAUGUGAGCCCUCUUCCCAUUUUGUUUCUGUUCCCUGUACUGUUUGUUUUAUUGUCCUUCCAUGGAGCUCUUUUAAUCUUAAAAUUAUGCAUUUUGUACUCUUACAGAUGUCACAUUUUAUUACCUUUUCAAUAAUUCUUCCCACUGCAUAUUCUUCAUCUUGAGCUGGCAAAUUCUAAAUUGUGAUAAUAUAGUUGAGAAACAGCUCUUCAAUAUUUCUGGGAGAUGUGCUUCCCCCUUGUGUUUGGUUGCCCAGGGUUAUUUUGCAUAAUUAAGACUUAAGAUGCUUCAGAGAAUUUAGACAAACAUUGGUCAAGAGUACUGGGAGUAGAAAAAAAAUUAAGGUAUAGAAAAGCAUCCACAUAGAGCACUUGAACCUCCUUUGUACCUGUUUGGAGGAAAAAAUAUAAAAAGUAUACUACCAACAUAACUAAGGUUAUUACAGUCUGGUUGAAGUACCAUUUUUUCUUCCUCCUGUCUUUUUCCCACUUUCCAAUGUACUCAAGAAAAUUGAAAAAUUGUAAUGGAUCAAUUGAAAAUAUUUUAUUUCCUAAAAGCCUUUUUUGCCUGUUGUAAUGUGCAGGACCCUUCUCCUCUGAUGGGAGAGACAAGAUAGUUACCUGAAUCUAGGUCGAAAAGGUUAUGUAAAAAGAAAUUAUAAUAAAAGGGAUACUUUGCUUUUCAAAUCCUUGUUUUCUCUUAAUCUAGGUAAGGCAUAUCCAAAAUAAAUAUGUUAAGAAGAAAAAUAAAAGUUGUCUUCAUGGAA